AAACAAGACAUGGGACAGGACAUUAUCCAGCUCAGCAGUGAAGUGUCUUCUCCUGGAGAACAUCUAACAGGCUCUGGUUAAGACAUGAACCCAUCCUUCCUGGAGCUGGUCAGCUUGUCUUUAAUCCACUUUAAGCAAGCUUGAAUCACGGGUCUCUCUGUACCAUCAGUAACCAGCAGGAGUUUUGUGAGAAAUAUCUUCUGACUUUCCCAUGACUACCUACUUCAAGACGCUUGACUAAGCCCUGUGUUAAACACAUAAUGGCAGAAAAGGCUCCUCCUGGGCUGAACAGAAAGACCUCCAGGUCCACUCUUUCUCUACCACCAGAGCCGGUGGAGAUAAUUCGAAGCAAAGCAUGUUCUCGGAGAGUGAAAAUAAAUGUAGGAGGCUUAAAUCACGAGGUCUUAUGGAGGACUUUAGACCGUCUGCCAAGGACUAGACUAGGAAAAUUGAGAGACUGUAACACCCACGAGUGUCUGCUGGAAGUAUGCGAUGACUACAAUCUAAAUGAAAAUGAGUAUUUUUUUGACCGGCACCCAGGAGCAUUUACUUCUAUAUUAAAUUUCUAUAGGACAGGGAAGCUGCAUAUGAUGGAGGAGAUGUGUGCACUGUCCUUUGGCCAGGAGCUGGACUACUGGGGAAUUGAUGAAAUAUAUUUGGAGUCUUGCUGCCAGGCCAGAUAUCAUCAGAAGAAAGAACAAAUGAAUGAGGAGCUUAGAAGAGAAGCAGAGACUUUGAGAGAGAGGGAAGGAGAAGAAUUUGAUAACACUUGCUGCCCCGAGAAACGGAAAAAGCUUUGGGACCUACUGGAAAAGCCAAACUCAUCAGUAGCUGCAAAGAUUUUGGCGAUUAUAUCCAUUCUGUUUAUUGUGCUUUCAACCAUUGCAUUAUCACUGAACACACUACCUGAUUUGCAAGAACCAGAUGAAUUUGGGCAACCUAAUGAUAAUCCUCAAUUGGCACACGUAGAAGCAGUUUGCAUUGCUUGGUUCACAAUGGAGUAUCUACUACGAUUUCUUUCUUCACCCAACAAGUGGAAGUUUUUUAAAGGCCCUCUGAACAUAAUUGAUUUAUUGGCCAUUUUGCCAUAUUAUGUGACAAUUUUUCUUACAGAAUCCAACAAGAGCGUGCUUCAGUUUCAAAACGUCCGUCGAGUGGUCCAAAUUUUCAGAAUUAUGAGAAUAUUACGAAUCCUUAAACUUGCAAGACAUUCAACAGGUCUACAAUCACUAGGAUUCACACUCAGGAGAAGUUACAAUGAACUAGGAUUACUGAUAUUAUUUUUAGCUAUGGGAAUAAUGAUAUUUUCCAGUUUGGUGUUUUUUGCAGAGAAAGAUGAAGAUGCUACUAAAUUUACAAGUAUACCUGCCUCUUUUUGGUGGGCAACAAUAACUAUGACUACAGUUGGCUAUGGAGAUAUUUACCCUAAGACACUGCUUGGCAAAAUAGUUGGGGGUCUUUGUUGCAUUGCUGGAGUAUUAGUGAUUGCAUUACCAAUUCCAAUCAUUGUAAACAAUUUCUCAGAAUUUUACAAAGAGCAGAAACGACAGGAGAAGGCAAUAAAGAGGAGAGAGGCACUUGAACGAGCUAAAAGGAAUGGGAGCAUUGUGUCUAUGAAUCUAAAAGAUGCAUUUGCUCGCAGCAUGGAGCUGAUCGAUAUUGUUGUAGAUAAGUCUGCUGAGGGAUCUAAUAAAGUAGAGAAUGCUAAUGAUAAUCAUUUGUCCCCCAGCCGAUGGAAAUGGGCAAGGAGGACAAUGUCUGAGACAAGUUCAAAUAAAUCAUUUGACAAUAAAUAUCAGGAGGUCAGUCAACAUGACUCUCAAGAACUAUUAAACAAUUCCUCUUCUAGCCCACAACAUCUCAGUGCCCAGAAACUAGAGGAGCUGUACAAUGAAAUCACAAAAGCACAGUCACAUCCUAGCGUUAACUCUGCCUAUCAUGAGCAAUCAGUCAUCCCUCCAGCAUAUGAGGAGGAAAUAGAAAUGGAAGAUGUUUCAGCAAAGAGAAAUCAGUUAUCAGUUGUUCCAAAAGAUAUAAUAACCGACAUGAGAAGCGUCUCAAGCAUUGACAGCUUUGCCAGUUGUGCAACAGACUUUACUGAAGCAGAAAGAUCUCCUCUUACUCCAUUUCCAGGGAGUAACCUUGAAAUACGAUUCCCUUCAUAUGCCGUUCCUGAAGAAGGUGGUAGAGAGGUUAAAAUGUCUCACUUUCACCCACGUACAAAAUACCCAGGUUUUGCUCCCAAAGAUGUCACUUUUGAAUAUAAGUUAUCAGAAGCAUCUGCUAGGAGUGAAUGUGGAACCCCUAAGAUACUUCUCCAAGAACAAAUGGGUACUGAGCGAGAAGGCAGCCAAAGUUCCAUGAAACCGAAUAAUCCACUUAGGUCUAGAUCUUUGAAAGUUAAUUUCAAACAGUCAAAGGGCAGUACUCUCCAGAAUCCGGCAAAUAUUCCAAGCACGUUACCAACUAACACAAUAGAACACCCAUUAUACACCCAUCUUCAGCUAAGUACAGUUUUUUUGCAAGACUAUUCCUCCUCAGAACAACCCACACAGACAGAAAAGGAGUCCCCGAGUGUGUUCCCAAGGCCUCCUACAUCACCUUCUCAAAAUCCCAAACUUGUUUCACUCUCUUCCAAGAAGAGAAGCAGCUUUACAGAAAUAGAUACAGAGGAUGAUGACUUCAUGCAGGUAUGUGGUUUAAAGCAUAACACUCAGGAGGACAUUAAAACUAACUGCAUUGAGGAAAAGAAUGAUGGCAACUAUGCUACAGCAGAAACUGAUGUACUCUCCCUACAAAAAACAAUCAAUCAAAAUUGUACUCAGGACAUUUACUUGGCAGGGGAGGAUAUCAAACAGGACAGUACUCAAGAGGAGAGCAAAGUGGAAAAUCAUUUAUUUGUCCCAGAAAGCCACUCAGACACUGGUGAAACAGGUUAUUGUCAGACACGUGAGACCAGCAUGUGACUAGCUGAAAGAGCAAUAAGGACUUUUUUUCUUAAAAGCACUAAGGUUGGUAAAGCCUAUGAACUCAAAAGGAAAAGCCUCAAAGACAUCCAUAAACUAUUAAUUUUGCAUGGCAUGAAGAAUUGCUUAGUAAAAUAGUUCAGGAACUACCUUUUGUAAGAAAACAUAUAAUGACUCAGUGGCAGUGUGUAAUAAUGAAAGCCCUUCUUAAGAGCCAGUGUAUUGCAAAUCCUGACAUUCUUGAUCCUUUAAUCCAUGAUUGUAGAUGUGUUUUGGAACAUUUAAAAGCAGAGUAGAGUUUUUUCAAGAAAGGAUUAUGGGUCAAUGCAAGCAUUAAAAUGGAAAAGAGGUUCUGGGAGCUUUAAGAAAGCAUACAUGUGUAUAUAUGUUAGCUAGGACAACUGAAUAUAAACAAGGUACAUAACGUGAACCCAUUAUUUUGGGACACAGGUAUAGUACUUCCUUCACAGUGUACCGCUUGGAGGACUUGUACAGACUUGCAUUAUGUUGCAGAAUAGCAACCUUCUUAGCUGGUCCAGUGAUACCGAGGUGAGAAUUAUAAUAUGGAUACUGUGUUGGGAAGCUCACCAAACUGGAAUUGUUAUGCAAAUGAAGUAAAUGCUUUCUGUUCAGAGAUUGUUGGUUUAAAUUAAGAGAAUAUUUUUUAUUUUUUUGUGCUAUAAACCACUGCAGAUUUUGCUGUGCAUAAGAUUGUUUUUGCAUUUCUUAUAAAAAAAAAAUAAAGUAAAAAAAAAAAAAUCAGGCAAGGUUAAAUAACCAUAAAUGCAAGCGUGAAGACUGAUAUUUAAUGUGUUAUCUUGCCAAAAAUGUUAUUAAUAUUUUCCCAAUGUUGAAGUACAUAAGUACAGUUAUUGAUCGCCACGUAAAUAGUGCCAAUUGCCAUGAAAUAGUUCACUUCGCAAUAUACAUGUUGGAUAUUAUCAUGUGCAGUCUGUAUUUUUCCUCUUAUGGAGCUGUCGAUGAAUGUGGGACAUAGCAGCAUUGGAAUAUUUUCCUAGGGACAGUAACCAGAAAUAUGUUCAUUGUUCUUGAUGAUUCCAGUUAUUCAAAAGCAUCUUCCUAUCAUUGAUUAACCCUGUCCUUAAAUAAAUCAACAACCUGUUUAUCCUCCACACCAGAGGGACACCUAAUGACAUUCUACCUCCAAAAGAGAAGAGUCAAUGGUGCAUAAUAUUGGACCAGCCCACUAAUGUACUAAUCCUUAAAAUCCAUUAGAUAUUGGUUUUUAGAUUUAGAAUGUUAUUAUAUUGAAGGGUUGCCUGCCAUGAUAUAGUAACAUUAUAAUCAGCAUGAGGACCUUCAUAAAUAGGUGCAUGUAGAACUUAGUGUACAAGGGUCUCGAUGUUUAUAUAAUGUGGUUGGUUGUGGGACCAACUUUUCUUUAAUACAAAGGGACUACAGCACUAUGGCUGCAUUCAGUCUUGUUGGCCUUUUUUCAGUAGUGGCACUAUUAGUCUAUGAUGAUUUAUGGUCCAACAAUGUUGAUCCUGAAUGAAGCCAAAAAAGACUGAUAGAUUCCAAAGGUGUUGCAGAAUUGAUGGGGUCUUGGCACUCACCAGCUCUACAUCCAUACCUCCUUCUACAUGUCUUUUAACCUGUCUGCAAAACAUUGUGCACAAAAGUACACCUUAAAGAGAAUCUGACAGCUGUUCCCCCACACUAAACCCAUAUACUGGGUUAUAGUGCAAGUGAAGAGCUUUAAAAUUAAGGGUAACUUACAUAUUUACGUUAGGUAGGUGCUCCUCGCUAAACCAGGGUCUCGCGUUAUGGAAGUGGGUGGGUCAGGGUGGAAUAUUGAUGAGGCAGAGUAGCUGCGUGAACUGGCUUCCCACCUCCAAUGCUCGGUGAAGCGCACAAUGGCAAGGACCACAGCUAUGGAAAUAUACCCUUACUACCCUUCAUUUUAAAGCUCUUCACCCGCAUUAUAACCUAGUAUAGGGUUUAGUGUGGGUGAACAGCUGGCAGAUACUCUUUAAAGGCCCUUUUUCACAGAAGACCACCACUAAUAUUGUUGAAAAAAUGUAUUGUGUUUACAGGUAAAGAUUCUGAUUCUAUAACUCCUCCAAGUUAAACAUAUGCACCUACACUGUGGAGUAACUAACAUCAUUAAAAACAGUAGGUUUUAGGUGUUUAGUUCUCCUGCCUUUAUGUGUUUGCUUAGAAGGAAAACGAGGAGACAAUACUGAAUGCUUUAGUAUUGGAUGAGUGACCAUUUCACGAGUUACACGUUGACAGUUAUUUUACAAGAUAAAGUAAAGCUAUAUAAACAGAGUUCCUUUUUAUUUGAAAAUCUAAGCUACAUAAUGGAAUCAUCGCAGGUGACUAUGAUAGCUUCUGUACAACUAAUUUAUUAGGAAUGCAUUUUGUGGUAUGAGAUGCAAGGCCACUAAAUAAUACCCACAUGAAAAAAACCAAUACUUCUGUUAGACACAUGCCUAGCACUCAAAGGGAGAUUUUUUUUUUAGGUAAAAUCCAUUUUACUAACAUUUACAUGGAGCAAUGUUGCUUAAAUCCAUGGCAAACACAAAUUAAACUAUAGUAGUAUGUUCUGUAAGUAAGUGAUGAACCCUCAUUUCUAAUUGGUUGCAAAAUGUCUACAAUAUGUACAUUACAUUUUGGAGUGGACUAUUAUACUCUACUUAUUAGAGUUAGGCUGGGUUCACACAUAGUAUUUUGAUCAGUAUUUUGUUUAGUCUUUUUUGCCAAAACUGGAAGUGGGUCAAAAACACAGAAAAGGUGAAAGUCUAUGCAGUAUAGUUUUCUCUAUACCAGAUCCACUCCUGGUUUUGGCUAAAAAUCUAAAUAGUGGCAAAAAAAACCUGUGUGUGACUCUAGCCUAAAAAGUCAUUAGAUGCUCUGAAUACAUUAGUAUUCCACAAGAAACAUGUUGGAUGGUAAACCAACACUCUACAACCAUUUUAAUUUUACUUUCUAUCAAACUGGUUACUAAUCUGAUUUUAUGUCAAAUAUGCCCAUGGGCUUUUCAUCAUUCACAUUUGCAAAGUGAUUUAUUAAGAUAAUAACAAUAUAUAUGAGAUUUGUUCAGGGCUUCACUUUAAAAAACAUGACAAGAAUGAGGUUAGGAUGUAUGGAAAAAUGUAAAGCCUUUCCCUCAGAUUUUUGCUAUAUAUUACAUCUGGGGAUCUUUUGGACUCCGUGUAAUGGUAUACAUUAUGCAUGACUGCUUGCAUUUUUGCAUGAGGGCACAUUUCUAUGCACUAUUUGCUUGCCAAUGCAAUAAAAGUUAUUGCAUUUCUUCAAUUGACAUAUGGAGCCAUUGUAGACUUUGUCUCCUUCAUUCUCAGACACCUUAAGCCAUAAAUGAAGGUGACCAGCAAGUAGUUUAAGGUAUAUUUUAACUUUUAUUAUGAAUCAGAACUGAUCUAACCUAAAAGCAAAUAAAUGUAGGCCAAACUGAAGUAGUGCAUUUUAGGAUUCUAAGAGAUACUAGUGUGUAGCAUACAAACCCUCAAAGCUGCGUUAAUUGAAUCUCCCACUAGGACAACCCUUUUAUAUUAGGACAUGUUGGCCAAAAAAGUUAUUUAGUAGGUGCAUUUUUCACUUAUUAAACAGGGGCUCAAAACUGCCAUGUGCCAUAUUUAAAAAUCCUGUGUAUAUAGCACGUGCACUCAGAAACAGUGACUAGGCUCACAAGACAUCUAGUAGAUCUAUUCCUGUGUCAAACAAAGUAGGGAAACACAAACUUUUGAACACAAAGUUCCAUUAGCUCUCUUGUAUGAGGGUAUGUGGUGUAUCCUAAAGGCCUAUAUAUCAUGUAGCCGGUCCAGACAGUUCUGAUGAUUGCCAGCUUCCCCAGAAAACUCCAUGCAUUUUAAUAUAAAAUGGUGUAAAUCAAACUCUAAAGCUGCUAAAAGGAUUUCCCAGAAGUAAUUUGGUAUAAACUAGUAUUUUUGUGCAUGCAAAAACAGAGUAAAAUCAGAAGCACUAAGAAAUGUGUAUUCAUAAUCACUUAUUUCACAGAGACUGCAUCUAACAAAUAAUAAAAUGAUUUAGUAGUAUCAUUCCAACUAGUCUGAGAUGUUAUGGAUUUUUUCACUUUUGAAUAUUUUUUUAAAAUAUUUUUAAUCUUUCAUUUGUCUAUAUAAAUAUUGUAGAUGUUAUGCAUUUUGUGACAAAUACGGGUACUGUGUAUAAUAUUGUUCUGGCAUACAGAAAACUUAUGUAGCACAAGUUGAGGAAAGGUGAAUAUUUAAUCCACUGCUGAUUGUUAGGUUUUAUGUCAUAUAUAUUUAUUUUACUGGUCUGAUUAUUUUCUCAUUUCAGUAGGCAGGUUCUAGGGAACUGACAAUUUUAGAGCCAUCCACAACUUAUCAAGUACAAUUUGACUACCCAUACAGAAUAACACAACAUGCUUUGGCCCUGAUUUAUUAAUGUGAAAAAUGUAAGUUGAGCUGUAAUUGAAUGCUAUUUGACACAUUUUGUCGUAAUUAACAAAGAUUAAAGACAGAUUAAUUAAUCUAGGCCACUGUAUAUAAAAUUAGUACUAAGACAAAAACAAAUCUUAUAAUUCAA